AUGCACCUCAAGUUCUUCCUCCAAGCCAGCAGUCUGGCCCUUCUGACCGGCUCCGUUAGCGCCCAGCUGGACACAGACGCCCUAGGCCUGAACCCGAUCCUUGGAAGUAAUCCUCUCGGCGGCGACUCCAGCCCUUCUGCCUCCACGUCUCCGUCUCCGACUCCCACCUCGACCCCCAGCGCAUCUGGAUCUCCGGGCCCGCAAGACGAGGAGAGCAGAGGUAUCCUUGGUCGCGAUAUCGGUGGACUGGGUAACCUUGCUGGUGGCGGAUUGGGAGGUGGAGGGCUAGGAAACCUCCUCGGAGGAGGUAGUUCUUCCUCCGUGGCACCUUCUUCAGCAACGCCCUCUUCCACUGCGACUCCCAGUGCAAGCGCCACACCGCAGAUUGAGCAGAGCAAAGGGCUCCUCGGCCGCGAGCUGGGCGGUGUUGGUAACAUGCUGGGCGGUGGCAGCGGUGGUCUGGGUGGUCUGCUGGGAGGACAACAAAGCUCCUCUUCUGUCCAGCCGUCUUCGACGCAGACCCCCUCUUCCUCUGCACAGCCAUCCUCAACUCAGACUCCGACAUCUUCGAUGCAGACUACCCCCUCGUCUAGCUCCGGAUUCGCUACGCAGGCUAGUCCCUCGCCCACUGCUGCUCCUUCGCAAAUGGUACAGCGAAGCCCGGAUUGGCUGGAUGGUCUCAAUGUGAAUGCUAUGGAUGUUCCUCUGCUUGGUGGCUCUACUGCUUCGUCUUCGUCUAUGACCCCUACUUCCAUGCAGACGGUGGCUCGGUCUUCGCCUGCUGAGAACUCGCCGAAGGAGACCGGUGUCCCUCAGGGAUUCGGUCAGUAG